GCGGUCCGCCAAGACGAAGCAAACAAACAAGCAAAAACAUGCUAAAUAAGAAAGAAGAAGCACAGCAAUAUGCCAAUCAAACGCUUCAGGGGCGUCCAUUACAAGCAGCUCCUACCGCGACUCCCUCGAAACCUUCUCGUCUUCGAUGGGCACUGUCUCAUGUGCCAGGCGCGUGUCCGCUACGUCCUCGAGCGCAACUUCAGCUUCUUCAGCUUCAUGAAUUACGCCUCAAGCGAGGUAGAGCAGGAGAUGGCGGAGGGCUUGGACCGUCACCGCAUUCACUGCGCCUCGCUCGACUCCCCAGAGGGCACCGACAUUCAUCGCUCCUUCUUUCAACGCUCCGUGAAGAUGAGUAGGUCAUCCGGCGCGUCUGCCGCGACGCCGUCGAUGGCAUUGGCGGUGCUGCCCACCCCGGAAGAUUUGGUUGUGGUGUUUAUCGAGAAGGUGCCUUCGCAGACGGCGAGCUUCCUGGCCCGCGUGCGGCCUGGCGGACUCGCCGCGGACGAUCACGCGCUCUUCCACAACUCGGCGUCGUCGUCGGCGCCGCACGCGUCUGCCACGGCCAGUGCGCGAUUGGUGCGCCCGGACGAGACGGAUUUGCUGGUCUCCACCAACUACGCCGCGAUGUGCCGGGUGGGCAUGCACCUUGAUCGCUUUCUCGUACGGAACGCCUUCUGCGCUCUCUACUACACCGUCCCCUCCGCGGUGGGCGACUGGUGGUUCGAGCGCUAUGUGUGUCGGCGGCGCAAGAAGCUCUGGGGGACGUCGGAGCAGGACGCGGUGAGGGAGAACGGCAUCAUCGAGGGCAUGCGCGAGCGACGGUGGACGUGGCGCAGCUCUCCCGCUCGCCGGUAA